UGAAGCAUGGCUUUGCUUGGGUUCAGGAGCGUUCUGCUCUGUGUCAUUGGGGCCUCGGCUUUCACAUCAAGCGUUACUGACCAGCCUGAUAUGUCUGACCCGGGCAUUCCUGGCAAUCAAACUGAUUGGCUCGUCCUGAGGGCCUGGGACCCUAACGCUCCAGGAGCCAGAGAGGCCGUGGACUUCGCUGUGGAUACCUACAAUAGCAAGUCCACCGAGGAGUAUCUGUACAAGGUGGUCAAUUUCAGGUCGAAAUUGCUGCAGGUGGUGAUUGGGGAGGAGUACAUCUUGCAAGCGGUGAUUGGACUGACCAGCUGCAGGAAAGGGCAAGGCCAGAAUCUGAACGAUUGUGCUCUGAAAGGAUCUAAAGGACCCAACUACAUGCUGCGCUGUCGUUUUGUGGUGCUGGUGUGGAAAGAAACAAAGCUGCUACUGCAGUCUAUCUGCAGACAGACCUCCUGAAGCACCCCAUGCUAUCAUAUUGUGAAGA